AUGUCUCACCACGGGACUGCGUUCUCUACUGAUCAAGAGGCGCGUCAGAAGGUCCUGGGCCGGCAUGUUGAGCAAUCCGGGAGGUUCUCGCCCGAGGCGACUGCGGAGGAGGUCGCCGCAGCGCUGGCAAGGGACAUCGCCGGCAAGACAGGUCAGUAUCACGCUUAUCAAAUGGUCCAAUCUGGAACGACUCUAACACAGCCUGCAAAUGCAGUCAUCAUAACGGGUGCAUCUCCCUCAGGCAUUGGGGCUGAAGCUGCCCGGGUGAUUUUCAAGCACAACCCCAAGCUUCUAGUAUUGGCCAGCCGCCGUAAGGAGACUAUCGAUGAAACAGUCGCUGCAAUAGCAGGCUCGACCGCCCCCAACAAUGUGAAAGGGAUAGAGAUGGACCUUGCGGACCUUGAUUCCGUGCGGGAGGCGGCUGCCGAGAUCCUCAAAACAACCGCAGUGGUGGACGUGUUGAUCAACAAUGCUGGGAUAAUGAUGCUUCCCAAGUUCACGACGACGAAACAAGGAGUCGAGAUGCACUUUGGUGUUAAUCAUCUAGGUCACUUUCUCUUCACGAACCUCCUUGUGCCGGCUCUGCUCAGGUCUCCCGCUGGAGCAAGCGUCGUGAAUGUCUCGAGCGCCGGACAUCAAGCCAGUCCUGUUCACCUAGAAGAUGUCAACUUCGAUAAUGGAAAGUCUUACGAUCCCUUCGUAGCCUAUGGGCAAUCCAAGACCGCAAACAUCCUGUUCUCGGUCUCUCUGACCGACAGACUAAAGACUAAGGGCCUCCGGAGCUUUUCGCUAGAUCCAGGAGCUGUCCCGGGUACUGCACUGAGUCGAGAGAUUCCGUUCGAGAAAAGGGUCGCGAUGGGGUGGUGGAAGCCCGAUGGAUCGCUCGCCGACAACAUUCCAUGGACUUCGGUGGCAGCGGGGGCCUCGACCUAUGUCGUGACCGGGUUUGAUAGGACUAUUGAUGACAAAAGCGGAAAGUGCUUCGCGAAGAACAAUGUUGACCCUACCACUGCAUCGCACGCGCUCGAUUCUAACACUGCUGAUAAGCUCUGGGCCUUGAGCGAGAAGCUGGUAGGACAGGAGUUCCGCUACGAUUAA